AUGAAGAUUCACAGUCGAACUUGCUCCAGGCACGAGACGGAGCUGGCCGAAUGGCAGCUGCGGUGUAGAGCCUUGGAAGCGGAAAAGCGUCAGGCGCAACAGUCCAACUCAGAUUUCGGCUUUUCUGCUGCAUGUAGCCUGGCUUUGCGGAUGAUUGCCAUGGCUUCCUCGGUGCCGGAGCUGAUGGCGGAAGCCCGCGCCGAGCAGGCACUCAUCGCCGCGCAGCUGCGGGCCUUGAAGGGCGAGGCGUCGCCUGAGGCGGCGCCCUUCAGUCCCUACAUGCCCAGCGCGCGCAGCGUGGCCAGCCCCACGGCGCUAGGGGCUGCUGGCCGGCCCCUGGACCUCGAAGCUUCGCCCAUGAGUUCGCCCAAAAUGGCAGCUUCGCCGGAGGAGCUUUCGGCGUUACGGGCGCAUGUGGCGGAGUUGGACCAUGAGCUGGUGCAACGGGACUGUGCCAUUGAGGAACUGCAGGCGAAACUCAGAGAAACGCAAGAGGCAUUGGAGAAGCUUGGCAGUGCUUCAUCAUUUUUGCUGUUGAAAGCGCUGCUGUCACCGGCCGAGGGCGGACUUUGGAAGGAUCGCUACCAGACUGCCCAGAAGGAAAGUGAACUUCGUGGCCGAGAGGUGAAGGAGUUGAAGUUGAAGAUGGAGGUGAAGGAAAAGGAGAUCAAACUUCUGAGCCAAUACGUCCGCAAGUUGGAGGAAGAAGCCAAAGUGCGCGAUGGCCAACGUGAGCGGCUCCUGACUGAUGCCAGCAUCGCCAGAAGCAAGUUCAAACAGACAGAAUCCGAGCAGAAGCAGCUGGUCUCGCGUCUGCAUGUCCUGGAAGACGCCUUCGCCCGUUGCGUGGGCCGCGUCACGCAGGCGCUGACCGCCGGGGUCGUGGGCGUCUCGCUGGACCAAGCGCGCCCGGUGCCGCGCUUCGUGCUGCUGACGGCCCGGCCCAGCAACGCGGUGCUGGAAAUCUUUGAGGAACCGGAUGCCAACUGGGAGCUGGUGGCCGUGGACCUGAAAACCACUGGCCCAGUGCCACCGGUGACUAUGGACGAGGAGAACUUGUCGCUGAUGAUCUCGGGAGUCUUCAGUGGGAUGGUGGAGGCAACUGAGAGCUCGUUGGCCAUCAAGUGCCCGGACAAAGCGUCAUAUACCAAAUGGUCCCUGGCCUUUCGUGACGUUCUGGGCAUCACGGAUCUCAUGGCAGAUCCAGCCACCGAUCCGCAGACCGAUCCCACAGAUCCCACGGACCCGACGGAGAGCUCGCCGGCGAGCACACCCCUGCGACCCGAGCAUCCAAAGGAUGAUGCUGUGGUCAGUGAUUCCACGUCUUCCUGCGAAGUCCAUGCUGAAGAGGAGGCCAAGGCCAAGCCCGAGAAGUCUUUCUUGUCGAUUUCCUCACUCUGGAGAAGUGAGCCGCGGAACGACGGAAUGCAGCAGACGGGCAGCGGCAUGGGUCUGAGGCGAGUCCUGCAGGAGGGACAUCCCAAGAUGGACAUCUUCGGGUCUGCGAGCGCCGCCCUCUUUGGAUCCAACUUCACCGACGAUAGUUGGUGGGUGAAUAGCCUGCUGAAGUAUCAGCAGCGCUGGCACAAGAUCCGUGAACCGCCCAGACGCGGGUGCCUGGUUCAGCUGCUAUACUCGCGUUGCUUUCAGAAUCUGUCCAUGCUCGCAAUCCUGGACAAUGCCAUUUGGAUCACAUACCUCACAGAUUGGAGUUUGAAGCACCCCUUGGACGCCAAUCCCACGGAGUUUUGGUAUGUGGACACUGGCUUCAUCGUGUUCUUCUUUGUCGAGACGGCACUUCGUUUGACGGUGCAUCGCCUCUUCUUCUUUCUCAACGACAAUGCUGGCUGGAAACUGGCCAGCAGGAAUAUCCUGGACUUUGUGCUGGUAGUGAUCAGCCUCCUAGAAUUCGUGGUGAGUUUGACCACUGGCAAAGAUACCAAUGGCACGGUCACCUACUUGAGAGUUUUGCGCUUAUGCAAGUUCGCCCGGAUCUUGCGCAGCUUGAAGGUGAUCACUGCCUUCCGGGUGUCCUGGCAGCGCCCCAACCGACCAUGCUGGGCAGUGGCUUCGCGGAUUUUGGGUGCUUCCCAGAUGGAGGAGCUGAACAUGAUGAUGGAGAGCUUUCGAGCAUGUUUAGCCGCCAUGUUUUGGAGCCUGGUUCUCCUGAUCUUCAUGGUCUUUGUGAGCGCCCUUCUCUUUGCUCAGGGGGUGGCUGAUGGCAUCCAAUCACAACCGGAACUGGGCCUCAGCGAGCAACGCGAUGCAGUCAUGGCACAUUUCGGCUCUGUUCUGCAAACCAUGCUGUCGCUGUAUAUGGCAGUGACGGGAGGGAACGACUGGUCGCUCUACUACACCAUGCUGGAGCAGAUGGGGAGUUUCUAUCACAUUCUUUUCAUCGCGUAUACCUUCUUCUCCGCCUUUGCCAUUUUCAACAUUUUGACGGGCAUAUUCGUGGAGCGAGCUGUGGCAGCAUCAAUGCCAGAUCGCGAGCAGCAGAUCUUGCUGGAAAGAAGGAAGCUUUUGGAACAAGCGAACGAGCUGCGCGAUCUCUUCGCAUGCAUGGAUAUGGACAAUUCUGGGUUCAUUUCGUUUGACGAAUUCGUCAACUGCAUGAAGAAUCCUCGGAUUGUGGCUUACAUGUCCAGUGUGGGCGUCAGCGUUCACGACGUGCAACAUUUGUUCAAGAUCGUGGCAAACGAGAACGAUGAAGUGGAUAUUGACCGCUUUGUGGAUGGAUGUAUGGCCAUCAAAGGUGCAGCCACUGCUUUGGAUAUGCAGAAACAGCUCUACUACAUCCAGGAGCUCACGCAAAAGCUCCAGGACUGGGAGCGCCGCUAUUGGCCCAAGAUCUUGGUACCUCGAUUUUUGGAGAUUUUUGGGGACUACGGGGCCUGGGGGAUAGACAUUUAA